UAGCUCUCCAAACUGCCUCAAAGUUACAAGCAGUAUCCCAAUCACUGAUUCUGCAGUCUCUCGUGUUAUUAUCGCUACUUCGGAUGGAACCAUCUUAGUUAACGAUUUAAGAAAUAUUUGUCAUGAUGGUGUAACUAAAUGUCCGACUAAUGAAUAUAAAAUUGAUCGUAAAAUUAAUAUUUUACCUUAUUCGCCUGAUGACAAAAUUUUAAUCGACAUUAUUAGUAAAGAUGGUCUGUUAGCCUUUGGAAUCUAUCCUGAUUGCAAUUUCACUAGUACAUCAAGUAAUAAUUUUAAUACUUUAGCUAAAUCUUUUGUAAUCAGCUAA